AUGGCAACAAUCUCCCUUUCUAUUUCCAUACAGAUAGUAGCAUGGGCUAUCUGGAUCUUGUUAUGCGGAAAGUGUUUGGAUAAUGCACUUCAUCAGCUUGUUGUUGCUGCAUCUGGAUCAUCUACCCUUCAACUUAAACAAGCCAAGGCUUUGCAGGAGACUGGGUGGUGGCCGUCCACUACUCAUGCCCAAGCCAGUAGUAACUAUUCAAGUGCAUGCCACUGGGAUGGUAUUACUUGCAAUGCUGGUGGAAGCAUCACAACCAUCGAUAGAUUUGAUCAACAUUUGGGAGGUCAGUUGAUCAAACUCAACUUCUCUUUCUUCCCAAAUUUAGUCAGUCUUAAUCUUAGUUGGAACUCCAUUACGGGACGUAUCCCACUUGAGAUAGGGAUGUUAAAGAACUUGGUCUAUUUAAGACUUAGUUCGAACAUGCUCGUCGGUCCAAUUCCUUCCACUCUGGGCAAUUUAACUAAUUUGAAAUAUUUUUUAUCCCUUUCUUCGAACAUGCUUGGCGGUCCAAUCCCUUCCACUCUAGGCCAUUUAACUAAUUUGGAAUAUUUGUCCCUUUAUUCGAACAUACUCGUCGGUCCAAUCCCUGCCACUUUGGGUCAUUUUACUAAUUUGAAAUAUUUAGACAUUGGUCUGAAUAAAAUCGAUGGAUCCAUUCCCUCCGAAAUAGGGAUGCUGAAAAAUCUGACCACUUUAUUCCUUGAUUCGAACAUGCUCGUCGGUCCAAUCCCUUCCACUCUAGGCCAUUUAACUAAUUUGCGAUCUUUAUACCUUCGUCAGAAUCAAAUCAAUGGAUUCAUUCCCUCCGAAAUAGGGAUUCUGGAAAAUCUAACCUCUUUAUACCUUGAUUCGAACAUGCUCAUCGGUCCAAUCCCUUCCACUCUAGGUCAUUUAACUAAUUUGGAAUUUUUAAACCUUAGUCAGAACAAAAUCAAUGGAUCCAUUCCCUCUGAAAUAGGGAUGCUGAAAAAUCUGACCAAUUUAUACCUUUAUUCGAACAAGCUCGUCGGCCCAAUCCCUUCCACCAUUGGUUAUUUAACUAAUUUGCAAUUUUUAUACCUUCAUCAGAAUCAAAUCAAUGGAUCCAUUCCUCCCGAAAUAGGGAUGCUGAAAAAUCUGACAUCUUUAUACCUUGAUUCGAACAUGCUCGUCGGUCCAAUCCCUUUCAUCUGGGAUAAUUUGACUGAUCUACAAUAUUUAGACCUUAGUGUAAACAGCUUAACUGGAAGCAUUCCUUAUCGCGAGGUAAACCUUUAUUGGGUGAAAUACGUUAACCUUAGUCAUAACUCUAUUAUUGGAGAAAUACCCGUUGCACUUGGGAGUGUUGCCCGUCUCUCGAGUUUGGAUCUUAGCUACAAUAAUCUUACGGGCCAUAUCCCCCCUUCUCUCAUUUAUAUAAAAAGAAUUGACUUGUCACACAAUUCUUUGAAGGGUCAAAUUCCAGACGGUUUUAAUCGGCAUCAUAAAUCCCACACAUUAACUGGCAAUUGGCAUUUAUGCGGUCAGUUCAAGAUUUUCCCUCCAUGUCCCAAGAGUAAAAAAUCAAUCGUAACCAAAAUAGAAAUUUUUGCUCCCAUCACCUCUUUCCUCGGAUUCCUAGUUAUUAGGGGUAUUAUCUUGUCUCGUUGCGUGUUCAAGAAAAAUCAGUUUGAGUUAAGAGAAUCUAAGAAUGGAAACAUAUUCUCGAUAUGGAAUUAUGACGGACAUAUUGCUUAUGAAUACAUUAUUGAAGCAACCGAAGAUUUUGACAUCAGAUAUUGCAUUGGAACUGGUGGUUAUGGUAGCGUUUACAAAGCAGAAUUACCAAGCGGAAAUGUCGUUGCCUUAAAGAAACUUCAUCAGAGAGAGGCUGAGAAUCCAGUUUUCUAUAGGAGUUUUAUAAAUGAAGUGAGGGUGUUAACAGACAUUCGACAUCGAAAUAUUGUGAAAUUGCAUGGAUUCUGUGUACAUAAAGGAUGCAGAUUUUUAAUUUAUGAGUAUAUGGAAAGGGGAAGUCUAUUUUGGGUCCUAAGAAAUGUUGAUGAAGCUAUGGAACUUGAUUGGAGCAAGAGAGUAAACAUCAUCAAAGGCACAGCGCACGCCUUAUCUUACAUGCAUCAUGAAUGCAUCCCCGCAAUUGUUCAUAGAGAUAUAUCAUCCAACAACAUUUUGCUGAACUCCGAAUUCCGAGGUUUUAUAUCUGACUUUGGAACUGCUAAACUCCUAGAUCCUGACUCCUCCAAUCAAACAUUGGUUGCGGGCACUUAUGGUUAUAUUGCUCCAGAGUUUGCCUACACGAUGAUAGUUACUGAAAAAUGCGAUGUAUAUAGUUUUGGAGUGGUGGUGCUAGAAGUAUUAAUGGGAAGGCAUCCGGGAGAACUCUUGUCCCCAUUAUCAUCAUCAUCAUCAUCAUCAUCAUUUCAAAAUAUGAUGCUUAAUGAAAUAUUAGACCGACGACUGCCACCUCCUAAUCGUCUAAUUGGACAAGAUAUUUUGCUUAUUGCUACAAUAGCAUUUGCAUGCCUUCACACUCAGCCAAAGUCUCGACCUACAAUGAAAUGUGUGUCACAAGAAUUUCUCUCGCGCAAGAAGCCGAAUGUAAUACCCUUGACUACGGUUCCACUCCUGCAACUGAGGAAACAAGUAGCAUAUAUGGAAGGAUCAGGAUUUGCUUAUUGUUAGGGUGUUUUGUGUGUUGUCAAGGUGUUGUUUACAUUUCUCGGUUUGUUUUCAAGAAAAAUAUUAUUUGUAAGCAUUCCAAAUCACCCUAUAAACCUAAAGUACUCACUGUGCAAGGUCGAAAGCAGCUGGAACAG